AGUUAGACCUAGGAAAAGACAAGUCCUGGCUGGAUUUUGUGGCGUCGUCAGUUUCUCUGACAUGCAUGUGGAAGAAAUGUAAUCUUUUUACGGAAUACACAAUACACAUUAAGGACUAGGCUACUAUAGAAUUUGAAGACCUUGACCAACGGAGUUGCGAUGAAUGACUACUUUUCUCAUGAUGACGGGACAGCAAAGGGGGGCGAAGUGGUGGAGAGGUGUGGGCGGCUGACAUUCACUCUUCAGGACACCAACUGGAACCAUUCAAAACAGCCUUCCUCUGAGAGACAGCAGCAGGAGCCUGAGCCACCGCCACUGCCACCGCCACUAGAACAGACUGAGGUCAUCAAGGUCUACUUGGAGAAGCCAUCAGAAAAAGAGAAGAAACAACGACAAAGUGUCAAGAUGCUGACAGACGAGGUGUCUCAGAUACAAGAGGUCCGGUACUGUUUGAAAAGCCUUCGGGAGCAAAUGGCAGCCAGACAUAACAACAAUAAUAACAACGAGUUUCCAACCAAUGGCUUCAAAGUUAAUUUGGCCAGCAUCCAAUCAGUGAUCAUCAAUGGCAAUGUUGUCGAUCCACCUCUGACCAGGGAGGAAGAGAAUGAGGAAGAUGAGUGUGUGAGGCUGAGGGAGGUGACGCGGCGCCUGUACGCUAAGCUGCAGGAGUCCGAGAAACGACACCAAGAAGAGAAGGACAUACUGCAGGCGAGCAUCGAGACAUGGCGCCAGCGUGCAGAGGAGCAGGCCGAGCAGGAGCAAGAGGCCAAGGCCGAGGCCGAGACCCGCGGACAACAGGUGCAGGAGCUGCAGAAGCUGCUGGGAGCCAUGGAGGAGGAGAGCAGCGCCCUGUGCGACAAGAUGGCCGCCAGAGAGGCUGAGCUGAAGGAGCUGAAAAUACAGAAGGAAGGGGGACAGAAGGAGCAGCAGAGGUCGGAGCAGCUGGAGAAGGAACUGGCCGUGCUCAAAGAGAAACUCCACCAUCUAGACGACAUGCUCAAGAGCCAACAGAGGAAAGUCAGACACAUGAUUGAACAGCUGCAAAACUCCAGGACUGUGAUCCAGGAGAGAGAUCGUCACAUUAGAGACCUGGAGGAGAAAGUGGCCUUCCUGGAGGCAGAGAACCGUGAGAUGCACGAUCAGAUGGACUUCUUGCUGGGAGACCAGAAGCCGCAGCAGCAAACAUCUCUGCAGAGUCCGCAGGUGGUCUAUAGCAAACCCCUCACGCCUACCAGUCCCACCAACAAGUCCCUGCCUUUCAUCAAAGUCAUCGAGAUCAAGUCCUGAGCAGAGGCCCCUUUUGACAGCAUUGAUGCGCUCUUCUGACCUGCCAAUCAAGCGUAUCUUAUCAGCAAAUCUGCCGCAAAGUAGCCGCUAUUGUUUUCUUGAAACAAACUGUCAUAUAUAUAUAUAUAUAUAUAUAUAUAUAAGUAGAAAGUAGAAAGAAGUAGAGAGUUGGAUACUACAUCUGAUAACAUGAUAGAAGGGGGACACACCCAUUCACACACACAACCAUUUCAGAGCUGGUCUCUGGCCUGAUUGCAAGGUCCAUGAAAACUUGUGCAUGAGCUCAGGAUGCUCAGGAUGCUCCAAGGUUAAUGUCUCCUCCCAGGGGAGACAAUGAUUGAACCCAAACAUUAUAAACCCUCAAUUCACAAAGGUUUUGCCUCCCAGGUCAAUGGUUAGUUCCAUUCUGGCACCCGAGUUUCAUAGGCUCCAGGUUUUCCCCAGAGUAAAGACCUAUAUGCAUGACAAAGAGGCUCAUUAAGCAGUUAUUUAGAUCUGGUGACUAAACAGCAGCUACAGAAGGUCACAAUGUUAGUCAUAAUAGGCUUUUGAUUGCAUGAGCUGUAGUUUAAAUGUAGAUCUAUAGAUAGAUGAAAUUGUCUGAACAUUAAUAAUCUAUCUUUUCCUUGCUUUAUUCAUGAAUUCUUUUUGGUUAGUAUUUUAGAAGGAGGAGAUUUUAGUAAGAGAUUUUUAGGAGGGGAUUUUAACGAAACCAUAUCCUUUUGUGAAAUACGAGACUAUGGGGGAUCUAGAGAUAGGCUUUCCUGUUUCCUGAAAAUACAUUAUUUCAACAAUGGUGUCUUUUUUUUCUUCAGUGUCCUGUUACCAUGUUAAUAUCAUGUCAUGACACAGGGCUAUCUUACAGAGAUUAUUCAUCUAUAUGCUGUGUUGGGGAAUCAUUUACUAGAUAUACAAAUAGUGCCUGCAGCUGUAUAAAUUAAGUUAUUUAUUGUUGUAUUAAAAUGCAGCUCUUUAGCUGGUCCCGCAUUACCUACUGUGAAACAAUGUUGUACAGUUAUAAAGUUUUGUUUUUUUAUUAUUUACUUUUUAUCUUUGCCUUUCUUGUGGUGUUAACUUUUCUUCCACCCUGAAGGAAAUAAAAUCCAUUGAAAAAGG